AUGAGUGGCUUCGGUCAGGUCAUCACAGAGAUCGGGGAGUUCGGGUUAUUCCAGAAGCGGUUACUAGCGGCGACAUGCAUCCCGAACAUUUUCAUCGCUUUCGACAUGAUAUCUCAGGUGUUCACGAGCAUCCGUUUCUCACACCACUGCAACACAGACUGGAUUUUGGCCCAGGGCCCCAACCUGACUUAUGAAAAGCAGAAAAAUCUGACCCUGCCCGUGGACAGGGAUGGGAAGUAUGAAAGCUGUAGCAUGUACACACCCGUGGAUCUGGAUUUGGAAACUAUUGAGGCGUAUGGGAUUAAUAGUACAGUUAAAUGUAUGGAUGGAUGGGAUUAUGCGGCACCUGUGGGAUCCUCCACCCUUGUGAACGAGUUUGAUCUAGUGUGUGACAACAGGAAUCUUCUGGAGGCAUCACAGUCCAUCUUCAUGGCAGGUCUUCUAGUUGGGGCCCUGGUGUUUGGGACGAUGGCUGACAGGUUCGGUCGUCGUUUCGUGGUCCUGCUUUCUCUGCUCCUGCAGCUAGUGACUGGCACGGCCUCUGCUUUCUCACCAAACAUCUAUGUUUAUAUAGUGCUGAGAUUUGUGAGUGGCACAUCCAUCUCUGGUGUCGUCAUCAACAUAUUUGUCGUAGGGACUGAGUGGACCGGUAACUCUAAACGGGCUCUGUUCACUGUCGUCCCGCACACUUUCUACUCAGUCGGACUGAUGGUGUUAUCAGGCAUCGCCUAUGGGAUCCGCAACUGGAGGAUCAUGCACUUGGUGCUCUUCAGCCCUAUCAUCCUGUCCCUCUGUCUCUUCUACUGGUUUCUCCCAGAGUCGGCCCGCUGGCUCAUGACGCAGGGUAGGAAGGAGGAGGCACGACAAGCAAUCCGAAGGGCAGCCAGGGUAAACAGGAGGAAGGUCCCCGAAGCUCUGCUGGAUAAGCUGGAGGUGCAGACGACUUCCAAAACAGGAAGCAUGUUGGACCUCGUCAGGAUAUUAUAUCUAAGAAAGCGUGCUAUCAUUAUGAGCUACAUUUGGUUUACAACAAGUCUGGUCUACUAUGGACUCAGCUUAAAUGUUGGCAACUUUGGCCUUGAUAUCUACCUCACACAGUUCAUCUUUGGCAUUGUAGAAGUUCCUGCACGUCUAGGCAGCGCAGUGCUUAUCGAUCGCUUUGGAAGGAGAAUAUGUCUGGCAGCAGCCCUGGUCUUUGGGGGCGCCACGUGCCUUUCGAUCCUCGCUAUUCCAAAGGACCUUCCUGUGGUGGUAAUGUUGAUAGCGGUGCUGGGAAAGUUUGCCCCAUCAGUUUGUUUUUCCAUCAUCUAUGUCUAUACUGCGGAACUGUACCCUACUGUUCUCAGGCAAAACGGCAUAGGCCUGAACUCCAUGUGUGCUCGUGUGGGGGGCAUCCUAGCCCCUCUCAUCAGGCUCCUAGAGGUCUUCCACUCAGCCAUCCCUAUGCUGAUAUACGGCUUCCUCCCCAUCAUUGGUGGGGGGCUCUGCCUGCUGCUGCCUGAGACCCUUAAUGCUGAACUUCAGGACCACACCCAAACAAUCAUAACGGUGAACGGAGGUAUGGACAAUGGAUUCGGUGACAAAGAUGAGAAAUCACUCAAAGGCACCAAACUGUAAAUUAGGUGUAUGCCAUUAUCUGUCUCAUAUUGUAUAGUUUCCCCCUUAACUAUACUGUCAAUAAACACAGUUUCCACAUUUCUUUGGUAUCAAAGAGAAAUGCUUUUAGA